AUGCGUGAUUAUUUCGCGGAACCGCCAAAAUUCGGCGACCGCUUCUUUCGUCAUCGUUAUCGCAUGAGUAAACGGUUGUUUUUAAAGAUUGUUGGUGACAUUGGAGCUCAAUACCCGUAUUUUCAACAACAUACGGACGCAAGGAAUAGACAAGGUUUCUCGCCGAUACAGAAAUGCACGUCGGCAAUCAAGCAACUCUCGACCGGUGAACCAUCGGAUAACUUCGAUGAGUAUUUAUGCAUGGCCGAUCGCACGUCACGCGAAUGUCUUAUCAACUUUUGUGAUGUGGUCAUUAAUAUAUAUGGGCGCGAGUUUUUACGUAGGCCAACGUCCCAUGACAUAGCUAUGAUCCAACAGGCGCAUGAAGCGCGACAUCAUCUUCCCGGGAUGUUUGGUAGUCUUGAUUGUACGCAUGUCGAAUGGAGGUAUUGUCCAAGGAGUUUGAAAGGGCAACACACACGUGGGGAUCAUAAAGUCCCUACGAUCAUGAUUGAGGCUAUCGCUUCACAAGAUUUAUGGAUAUGA